UAUCGUUUCGUAUCGUAUCGUGUCUCCUGAAAUAGUACUGCUCUAUCAGAAAUACUAAAACCCUCGCUCUCUUCUUUUAAUCUCCCCUUCUCCUCGCCAACCCACCAACCAACCCAGCCCUCUCUGCCUCUCUCUCUCUCUGAAUCACCAUGGCUACCAUUUCAAAGCUCUCAAAUCCAAGCCCCGCAGCCUCCCUCUCAGCUCCUUCUAGAUCUUCUUCCUUGCCUAAAGUCUUCCUCGGUUUCAGUACCAAAACUUCUCUCUCCAAAGUUAGGCUGUCCUUGAAGAACACCCAACCGUCCCCCAGGACCUCCUUGGUUGUCAGGUGUUCUCAAUCCAGUGGAAAUGGUAGCCCAAUAAAGAGAACCACUCUUCAUGAUCUUUAUGAACGGGAGGGGCAGAGUCCAUGGUAUGACAACCUCUGCAGGCCUGUGACGGACCUGAUUCCUCUGAUCGAGAGUGGAGUUAGAGGCGUAACAAGCAACCCAGCGAUUUUCCAGAAGGCAAUAUCAUCUUCAAAUGCUUACAAUGACCAAUUCAGGGAACUUGUGCAAUCAGGAAAAGACAUUGAAACUGCUUACUGGGAACUUGUGGUGAAGGACAUACAAGAUGCAUGCAAACUUUUUGAGUCAAUUUAUGAUCAAACAGAUGGUGGUGAUGGCUAUGUUUCUGUUGAAGUGUCUCCCAGAUUAGCUGAUGACACUCAAGGGACUGUUGAGGCUGCCAAGUGGCUUCAUAAAGUGGUUGAUCGCCCCAAUGUGUACAUUAAAAUCCCUGCUACUGCUCCUUGCAUCCCCUCAAUCAAGGAAGUUAUUUCGCUUGGCAUCAGUGUCAAUGUGACUCUGAUAUUCUCUCUCACAAGAUACGAAGCAGUCAUUGAUGCCUACUUGGAUGGCCUUGAGGCAUCUGGACUAAGUGAUCUCUCCAGAGUUACAAGUGUUGCUUCCUUCUUUGUCAGCAGGGUGGACACUCUCAUUGACAAAAUGCUGGAAAAGAUCGGAACCCCUGAAGCCCUUGAUCUACGAGGAAAGGCUGCGGUGGCUCAAGCAGCCCUAGCAUACAAGCUCUACCAAAAGAAAUUCUCUGGUCCAAGAUGGGAGGCUUUGGUGAAAAAAGGUGCUAAGAAGCAGAGGUUGCUGUGGGCAUCAACCAGUGUCAAGAACCCUGCCUACCCAGACACUUUAUACGUUGCUCCCCUCAUUGGACCUGACACUGUCUCAACCAUGCCUGACCAAGCUCUCCAAGCAUUUGUUGACCAUGGAAUUGUUGCAAGGACAAUCGACUCAAAUGUUUCUGAAGCCGAAGGAAUCUACAACGCACUUGAGAAGUUGGGAAUUGAUUGGGGCUACGUGGGCAAUCAGCUUGAAGUUGAAGGAGUGGAUUCUUUCAAGAAGAGCUUUGAUAGUCUGCUUGAUACCCUGCAAGAGAAGGCAAAUUCUCUGAAACUGGUUAGCCUGUAAGCCUUUAUGAUCUGCCUGUCAGUAUGAAUUCAAUGUAAUAAAAGCGGGUGUCAAUCUUGCCGUAGAAAAAGCCCACGGUGGUGAGUGUUGUGUAAGAAGUUAAUGAUGUAUCAUAAGAUUCUGAUUACGCCAAGAGAUUUUUAUCAACAGUUGCUUUGAUCUCUUUA